CGCAGCACGAGCUCGCCCUGUCGCAGACCAUACGUCAUCAAUGUUGGCGGUAUUUUGAAAACAAAACGUCCGUACUGGCGGCGUUCCGCUGAGUCGUGGACAACCUGUCAAAACAACAAAAUGGCUGAGGUGAACAGUAACCAGGCAGGCUUCCCCUCUCUGGCCUCCGGUGCUGAUUGGUCGGAGGCUGCUCAGACGGAGCUGCUGAACGACUGUGAGGAGCAGUUUGCACAGCUGGAGAAGCUUCAGAAUGAAAUUAUACUGUGUGAACCAGAUUUCUGUGAGGAGCCACAAGAACAGUCAGUGAACAGACUGAUGGCGACAGAGGCUGAACUGAAGCAGUGGUUGGCAAUGGAGCCGAAAUUGUUGUCAACAAAUCCAGAGGUUUUACUUCACGCUGGAAAAGAGGAGAUGCUCAAGCUCUGCACGGAACUUGAAAUGAUUGUUUCCUGCUACGAGGCCAAGAGGGACAAACUGAGAGAAACUCAAAAAUGUGAACAGAAGUGGCUGGAGGAGAGGCAACAGGUGCUGACCGCAGCCACUGAUCAUGUUGAACGGCUCAAAAUGGAGAAAGAGAAGUUAUCAGGGCACAGUGUAUUGCAGGACACCAAAGUCAAGAUCCAGAAGAUGAAGCACUACCAGGAAAGGUUGAUGGAGUCACUGGGAGAUGUACUGGAGAGUCAUUUCCCACUUCCUCGGGAAGACGCUGCUGCCAGCAAGAAGAAGAAGGGCAUUCCACAAAACAUAAAUGAAGACCUGAUUUCACUCAACGAAAUUCUUGAGCUGAUGAUGAACAAGGUCCUGGAGACGCCACACGACCCCUACGUGACGAUAGACGACACAUUUUGGCCACCAUACAUAGAGAUGCUGCUCCGCUACAACAUCGCAGUGAGGCACCCGGAGAAUAACUUCAGGAUCCGCCUGGAAACCUUUUGUUAGGGCAGCAGUCGACUACAGUGUUUCUAACAUCCAGUCCUACCAUGUAUAUUUGUGUACGACUCACUGUCCUGUGAUUUAUUGUAUGUAUUCUUUCAUUUAUUGUUGUAGUGUUCACUUUUUUUGUAAAUUUCUCCCCUUUGCGACCACAUAAACAUGUAUCAAACAUGACUGUUGUGUAUUUUGUAUGAACAGGGCACCUUAACAAAGACUCUGUAACAAAUUUGAAAAAGUUUUAUAAUAAAAUAGGACUUUAAAGUC